UCAACAGUAGCAAAGGAGCGAGGUACACAAGAACUGAAAAUGGGAUUAAGAUCACAAAGACAAAAGAGAGCCAACUUUUACAGUCGUCUGGCCAUUGAAUCAAAACAUAGAAAUUGUAUACUAUCUUGAACAAAAACAUAAUAUUGUAGGCUAAAUCUAAAAGUAUUUGGCAAGAAAUCUGCCAAAUUAAGAUAAAUGGUUAAUGCGCUCUUAAUGUAUGUCGGUCAGCGAUAAUAUAAUGAACAAUAAUUAAUCAUGUAUUUUAGUAAUUUCCUAGCAAUUGGGAACAGUGUGUGAAACACGUUACGCACCCACCCCGUGACAUUCGAGAUUUGUGAAUGAACGGUGAAGCCCGCGCGUAACGGCGACGGACACCCGGGACGAGCCUCGCUGCACACCCCGGGAUUGCCUUGCACCAUCGCCACGCAGUUGAGAUAUCACCUUCUCCAAUCUUCAGUAGACUUGAUGGGACACAGUAUCACCACAAGUAUGUUGUGAGCUUGCACGUGUAAGAACGUUAUUUGAAAAACACAUUUUUUUCCCCCAGUGAAACUCAAAGCUAGAGAAAACUACCGCCGCGCAGUAGUCUAGUGGAUGUGUUUUUUGACGUAACAAAAUUGUACUGAUGGAAAGAGUAAUAUUUCACCGUGAAUAACGGCGUGGAUUAACGCGACAAGCGGUAGACGAGUCUAUUAAACAUAGGUCUGGACAUUAUGUGAAGGGCUGACAUGGGGUUGAGAGAUACAGAGACACAUGGCCAGGUAAUGAUGGUAUGAGCUCCGCGCGCACUGCAUGCCCCAACUCAGCCAAACGUCUCCCAGCCUGAGUAAUAUGAGCGUUCGUGAACAUCAUCCAGGAUGUUUUCUGAUCUGGCUGGCCUCAACUACACCUACAACGUGAGCGACGACCCGUUCAGGUUCCUGGACCGGGAGUGGCGCGACGCGCCGAAAGAGACUCUGUCCAGGACUGGCUUCAUCGUGCUAUCUGUGUUCCUGGGCUUGAUCAUGACCUUCGGCUUCCUCAACAACUUCGUCGUACUGCUUCUCUUCUGCAAGUUUAAAACUCUGCGUACUCCGGUCAACAUGCUCCUACUCAACAUCAGCGUGAGCGACAUGCUGGUGUGCACGUUCGGCACCACGCUCAGCUUCACCUCCAGUAUCAAGGGAAAGUGGCUCCUGGGCCGCCACGGCUGCUUGUGGUAUGGCUUCAUCAACUCCUGCUUCGGUAUCGUGUCGUUGAUCUCCCUGGUGGUCCUUUCAUAUGACCGCUACAGUACCCUGACUGUGUACAACAAGCGUGGUCCCGACUACCGCAAGCCCCUGCUGGCCGUGGGGGGCUCCUGGCUGUACUCCCUGAUCUGGACAGUGCCCCCCCUGCUAGGCUGGAGUAGCUACGACCUGGAGGGGGCCGGCACCAGCUGCUCCGUAUCCUGGACCCUGAGGACGGCUCAGUCCCACGCCUACAUCAUCUGUCUGUUCGUCUUCUGCCUGGGCCUGCCCAUCGCCAUCAUGGUCUACUGCUACUGUCGGCUACUGUGGGCAGUCAAACAGGUGGGUAAGAUCCGUAAGACUGCGGCACGGCAGAGAGAGCACCACAUCCUGUUUAUGGUGCUGACCACAGUGGUGUGUUAUAUACUGUGCUGGAUGCCCUAUGGCGUGGUGGCCAUGAUGGCCACAUUCGGCCGGCCCGGCAUCAUCACCCCCGUGGCCGCCGUGGUACCCUCCCUCCUGGCCAAGAGUAGCACCGUCAUCAACCCCAUCAUCUACAUCCUCAUGAACAAACAGUUCUACAGGUGUUUCCUGAUCCUGUUCCGGUGUGAACGGCGCUCCACGGAGAACGGCCUCUCCUCCAUGCCCUCCAAGACCACCGCCAUCCAGCUCAACCGGCGUGUCUACAGCAACACGGUGGCGUGCACCGCCCGGGUCUCCACUGGUAUCCACAACCAUGGCUGCAGCACCCCGGCCACUGAGCGCAACAACCCUCCCGAGGUCACUUCCUGAGCAGGCACGCCGGGAUGACCAACGGGGAAGAGAUGACCGUUGGAUGAUGAUGAUACAGUAGCUGACUAGCUGAGCGGUGUACUGUGCAAACCAAUAGACCAUCACAACGUGAACGCUCCAAGCCCCACGCAUAACUACCCUCGGGGGUCUCUCCUCUGCUCGUGCCCAGCCACUUCGAUUUGUUUACUGAUUGCUGUGUUUACCUGUGCAUGUGUGAGAAAUUGUCCAUGUGUGUGCAAGAGAAAGUAAGUUUAUGUGAGUGGAUGGGGCGGAGGGUGUAAUAUAGUGAGCAUGUGUCCUGCAUGCAAAAGAGGAAGUGUGUGUAUCUCUGUGUAUGUGUGUGCAUGUGUGUGUAUAAAUUCUGUGUGUAUGUAAGAAUUCUGUGUAUGUGUGUAUGAAAUGUGUGUCUGUGUGUGGCUAUGAAUUCUGUGUAUGUGUGUGCAUGAAUUCUGUGUGUGUCAAUUCUGUGUGUGUAUGUAUGAAUAAUGUGUGUAUGUAUGAAUUCUAUGUACUGUAUGUGUGUGAAUUAUGUGUGUGCGUAUGAAUUGUAUGUGUGUGAGUAUGAAUUGUGUGUGUGUGUGAAUUAUGAGUGUGUGUGUGUGUGUGUGUGUGUGUGUGUGUGUGUGUGUGUGUGUGUGUGUGUGUGUGUGUGUGUGUGUGUGUAUGUAUGAAUUAUCUGUGUGUGUAUGGAUUCUCUGUGUGGGUGUGUGUAUGGACUCUGUGUAUGUGUGUGUGUAUGAAUUAAUGUGUGUGUGUGUACCAUUGAAUGUCACUCUGCUCUAUUGACAGUCUGCUUGUCUUGGUGUAAAUACCAUCGCUCAACACACUGGCAAACCACAAAACACACAGCACUGCCCAAGUGAAAAGGUGUAUCUCUGUCACAUUUCACCCCCCCCACACACACACACACACUCCGACCCCACGCCUCAAACACACACACACACACACACACACAGUGCGUAUCCCACUCCCAGCCUCUGUGCUGUCCGAUAUGUGAAGACUGAUGAGAGCGUUUGAGGCUGUGCCUCAAAUUGCACCCUAUUCCCCAAAGUAGUGACCACAUAAGGCUCUGGAAAGAAGUGGAAUGAGAUGCAGCCACGGACUAAAGUGCAAUAAGCUAUGGGAUAUAUUAGGUAUAUUAUAUUGGGAUAUCCAGUAAAGAGAUGGUAAAGGCUACAAAGACUGAAAGUUUAUCCAGAGAACAAAGACUACUUUCUACAGGAAAUAGAUGAGUUCAGCUCAGAAGGAUACUGGUGACUGCUACACUGGUGGCUGUGGGUGAUCUGGCAGCUGCGAGAGAUCUGGUGACUGUGGGUGAUCUGGUGACUGUGGGUGAUCUGGUGACUGUGGGUGAUCUGGUGACUGUGGGUGAUCUUGAACUUUUGUAUUGAGGAACGACAUGGAUUUCAAAUAUGGGGAACGGGACUUUGCCGGACCUGCCGGCAUUUUGAUUGGGGAGAAUUGACUUUCAAUUCAUAAAUUCAUGUGUGACGUUUGGGGUGCCCCCAUUGUCCACAUCUUGUUCCCCCUCCCACCCCCUUCAUGCAAACCUGUACAAAGAAAGUGCUGAAUUCAG